GCCUAAUUCAUAGAGAUUUUGUAUCUAUUGGCACACAUACACAUGUUUGAAACACUUUUCUGAUGCCAAACAAUAUUAUUAUGAGGCGAGAACAUUUUAUAAUUAUUACUUUAGUAGUGUCGCACGCUUUGUGUGAAUCUUGCGUUAGAUAUGCAUUUGAAAGCGAUUUAGAGGAAUCUUUUAUGAACCCAUGGUUUUGUGAAACAACGAAUCAUGUGCCAUGGAAAAUUGGUGCGUACGACUCUAUUGGUUUGCCCAGUCCCGAUGAGAAAAGCAGUACUACGUUUAUUUCGCCGGCAGAAACUUUAUCAUGUGCUUCGUCAUUCAUGUUCCCCAUGACCAAUGGAGGUAGACUAGAAGUGCUCAUUUAUAUGGACUCAGCUGUCACCUCUGACCAAAUAACGGUGUUAGCGAACCAGUACGUGGAAAACGGUGCUGAUACAACACUAGGAACCUCUUGGAACUCGCCUCAAUCCGAUGACUUUGUAAGCGGAUGGCAUAAAUUAGUAGUGCCUCUGACCAGCGCGGGAACCUCUCUGUGCUACGUAUCCAUCAUGGGCAUGGCGCAUGAAGAUUCAAUUGUAUUAGUGGAUUCAUUCCGCUACAUACCUCCAGAUAUGGAUGAGAGUUUAUGUCCUUUUUAUGAUGAUGUACCUGAACCUGAACCUGAGCCUGAACCUAAACCUGAGCCUGAACCUGAACCAGAGCCUGAACCUGAACCUGAGCCUGAACCAGAACCUGAGCCUGAACCUGAACCCGAGCCUGAACCUGAGCCUGAACCUGAACCUGAACCUGAUCCUGAACCAGAGCCUGAACCUGAGCCUGAACCAGAACCUGAACCUGAACCAGAGCCUGAACCUGAACCUGAGCCUGAACCUGAACCUGAACCAGAGCCUGAACCUGAGCCUGAACCUGAGCCUGAACCUGAGCCUGAACCUGAGCCUGAGCCUGAACCUGAACCAGAACCUGAACCAGAACCUGAACCUGAGCCUGAACCUGAGCCUGAGCCUGAGCCUGAACCUGAACCAGAGCCUGAACCUGAGCCUGAACCUGAGCCCACAAAAUCGACAUCUACAACAACGACAACAGAAAAGACUACAUCGACCACAGAACAGACCACAACAACAACAGAAGCUACCACCGAAAACCCAGAUAAUAGCCCGGUGCAAAAUGGUUUUUGGAACCCGUUUACCAUAGCCAUGGUGGCUGCGCUUAGUCUCAUAGUAGCUGGUAUUAUAUGUUACCUGUUUUACGAAUGCGGACGAAGACGAGCCAAACCUAUUGUUAUUAUUGACGAUGUCACUUACGAAGACCUACCCGCCACUUUCAAAGUACCAAGAGUUAAAAAUAUAAUCACAGAACCAAAAUUCACUCUUCCCUAAUCCACUAAAAUUAUGGGAAUCGGUUUUAAAACUUGUCUAUUCCAUAAACUUUCCUACAAAGUACCUGAGUUUUAGCGAAUUAAGUUUUUGUCGACAUUGACAUAGAUGUAAGUUAUGCAGAAUUAGGAAAAAAGGUAACUACCUACUUACCUAACUUUCACGAAGCAGCCCGGAGUCUGGAUUUCGGGAAGUUGGCGGUAUUACACCACCGAUGCCUAGGACCUAAAGCCGGUAUCCCCGAACGCUACUUGGUACAUUUUUGUAGUCGUUGUAAUAAUUCUACGUCAGAGGCCGUCAGUCGGAAUUGAGAAAACUCUGACACCAGGGCUUUUUAGGAAUUAAAAACAUCAGCUCACUCGCUAAGAAGCAUCAGCAGUCACUCGACAAGAAGAAGAAGGCCUACCUGCAAGAGUAUGGAGUAAUUAAUUGGUCUGAAGCGGCAGCUCAUUGAUAUAAUUUAAGGACAUAAUUGCUGCAGCCAUAUUAUCCAGAAAACAAUCUCACUCUUGUAAAAAUAUAAGCAAAUUCUACAGACAA